UAAAUGUCAGUACCUUGUCAUGUCCAUUUCUAGAAUUUACCUAUAAAUUGUUCGUUUUUUUUUAUCGUAAUAAAUGAUUUCAACUAAUUACCUCAUAAAUUCUAAUGUUUAUGAUCAAACUGAACAAAAUUGACACAUUUUUUGUUUAAUGUAUUAAGUUAACAUUGAAUUCCGAUUCAAUAACUUUUGUCUUUAAAUUUUAACGAAUUUUUGAAUUUGAAUUUGUGCGACUCGAGCGCCAUCUACAUUGAGAUUUAUGAAACGUCUAGUGAACCACCUUGAAAGUACGUCACCUGAGUAAUAUUUACAAACAAUGAGCUGAAGAAAUAGUGCCAAGAGUUUGUGUCAUUUUAGAAGUCAACUUUUAAAAAGAUGGCACCAGUACUUCGUACUAAAAAGUUACCUGAUACAAGUGACAAUAAAAGUGGAAAAAUUCAACAAUUGUCAUCAAAAAUAAAAGUCAAACGUAAAAAUAAAGUUAGUGCCGAAGUAAAACAACAUCGUUUGGAACAAAAACGUAUUGCUGAAAAAUUAAGGAGAGAAAAAAGACGGAACGAUCCAGAAGCUUACAAAAAUUACUGUCAGAGUGAAAGAGCAAGAAAUGAAAAAAGGAAAAAGGAAGGAAAACUCAAGUCAAUUGAUCAAUUAUCAGAACGAGAAAAGCGAGCUCGUCGCAAACAACAAAAUUUAUGGAAAAAAAACUCACGGACACGGCAAAAAGAAAAUAUUGAGUUGACAAUGGAGCAAAAUAAUAUGAAUAAUAACGUUGAAUCUAAGCAAGCCAAGGUAGGAAGGAAACGAAUACAAAAAAAUCUACGUAAAUGUUUCAGAGACAAUAAAAAAUUAUUGGAUGAUAAUAAAAAUCUGCGAAUGAAAAUUAAUAGCUUACAUAAAAAAUUACAACGUUUGAAUAUCAAGAAAUCAGACUCGACAUCACCUGAGUAUAAAGUUGAUAAAAUGUUGAAUGGUCAAAAUGUGAAUCCCGAAGUUCGCAAAACAUUAAUACUUCAUCAAGUCAUGAUACAGCAACUAAAAUUAUCUUAUCAAGAGUCAAGGAGUUCAAAGUUCAAGCAAAUAUUGGGUAGAGCAAUUUGUGGAAAAGUUGUGAAAAAAUACCGACAACUAUCUGCUAUAAGGAAAAAUGUUAUCCCUAUUAUUCCUUCAAGAGUUCAUAGGAGUAAUAAACCAUUGGAAUAUAUAAAAAAUAUGAAAAGCAAUCAAAAAUUUAUUCAAGAUCGAGUGACAAGUUUUUAUGAAGAAAAUAGUAAGAUAAUUCCUGAUAAAAAAGCUUCUAUAAAAAUGAAUGGUAAACAAGUAACAAAGCGUUAUAUGAAUGCUACGAUUAAAGAUUUACAUUCUAAAUUUUGUUCCCAAAGUACGUACAGUGUUAACUAUUCAACUUUCGCAAAAUUACGCCCGAAAUAUUGUAUUGAACCAAAAGUUACUAAUCGAAAUACGUGUGCGUGUUUCACUCAUGAAAACUUUUCUUUGUUGAUACAAGCUUUUCACAGUCAUAAGUUACUGACAGAAAAUACGCCAUAUAAAAUUUUGAAUAGUUUCUUGUGUGACAGUAAUUCUGAAAAUUGUCUUUCAAGAGCGUGUGAGUUGUGUAAGUUAAAAAAAUUGGAAUUUAAUUUAAAAGAUACUAAUCCUGUUGAUAAAAUAUCUUUCAUGAAAUGGGAAGUAUCUUCAGAACAAAGAAAAAAUGAGAAAACAAAAAAAAAAAUAACUGUUAAAAUUACCUCAAAAAAGAAAAUUUCAUGUACGAUAGGGCAAGCAAUUAACCAUUUCAAUCAUGAACUGGAUUUGUUUAUAGCUCAUGAAUACAGAAUUACUCACCAAAAUAAUUCCAUGAAAAAACUUACACAGUCUCUACAAAGCAAUGAGUUAGGACUUCUCAUUGACUUCAGUGAAAAUUAUUCUUGUAAGUAUGAAACGGAAGUUCAGUCAGUACACUUUGGGGCUAGUAGAGUACAAUGUACUUUACACACUGGCAUGGUCUACUCUUCGAAAUCUUCCCAUGGCUUUGUUACUUUGUCAAAAUCACUCAGACAUGAUCCUUCUGCAAUUAUUGUUCACAUAAAAAAAAUACUUGACGUGUAUCUAGCUACCAAUCCAGAGAUUAAAAAAUUACACAUAAUGAGCGAUGGUCCAACAACGCAGUACCGCAAUAAAAAAAUGUUUUAUCUCAUAACGCAGUACUUUCCUCAGUGCUAUUCUCAGUUAGAAGAUAUUACCUACAACUUUAGUGAGGCAGGCCAUGGAAAAAGUUCAGCUGAUGGGAUAGGUGGCUACAUAAAAAAAUUAGCUGACGACCAAGUAAAAUACGGCACGGAUGUGUCAAAUUUUGAUUCUUUGCUAGCAAUUUUGCGAGAUCGUGUUAAAUCUGUAUAUAUUGAUUGCGUUUCAGAAGACGAAAUAUCAGCCAUUGAUUUAAUUUUACCAAAUAAUUUUAAGCCUUUCGUCGGUACUAUGAAAGUACAUCAGUAUACUCGGAAUAAACUACAACAUAAUUUUAUUUUAUUUAAUUCAUUGAGUUGUUUUGAUUGUUCGAAUAAAAAUCCAUGCAUACACUUUGCUAUGGGAAAAAUUGAUUACUCCAUAAAUGAUACAACCGAAAAAAUGAACAAAAGAUUGGUAGCAAAAACAAAGAAAUCGGAUAAUUCAACAUCAAAAUUAACUAAAAAUUUAAAAUGCCUUGAAAAAGAUGUUGCUAAAGAUAAUUUAGAAAAAAAUGAAACAAUGUUAUUGCGAAGAAGUUCAAGAAUUAAAAAAAAACUGUGA